AUGGAUGAUGAAGCCUACAGCACCAUCUAUGACAGAAUCCAGAAAGAGAGGGUAGAUGAGGAUUCAGGCCAACCAGCAGAAAAUGGAGGUUCCCUUUACGAUGAUGUCCAUGAAGACUGGAAGGCAGAAGACAGUUUGUAUGGCACUGAGUUGGAAACCAACGAAUAUGACUUGGUAGGUGUUUAUGCUGUUCGGUGUCAGGAGAGCACCUCAGCUUCUUUUCAGCCAGAAACAGAAGAAUACCUCCUGCCUGAUCAAGUAUAUCCUGAGGCUCAGGAUCCUCAAGUAGGGGAGCCCCAGGAGGACACAAGCAUCUCAGUGGAAGAGUUGUUCUCACCAACUGAGGACCAGGAGCCUGACCCAGAGGAGCCCCAGGAGAAUGGAAGCGAGAUGGAGGCAGACCUGCCCUCUCCUUCCAGCUUCUCCAUCCAGCACAGCAGAGCCUUCACCAGCGAGGACUCCCCUACCAGCUAUUCUGCUGCUGAUGUUUCGGAAGAAAACGAAUCAGCUUCCACGAACCCUGAGAUUAACCUCUAUGUAAAGGCUGGAAUUGAUGGGGAAAGCAUUGGCAACUGUCCCUUCUCUCAGCGUCUCUUUAUGAUCCUCUGGCUGAAAGGAGUUGUGUUCAAUGUCACCACGGUGGAUCUGAAAAGAAAGCCAGCUGACCUGCACAACCUCGCCCCUGGCACCCACCCGCCCUUCCUAACCUUCAACGGGGAUGUGAAGACGGACGUCAAUAAGAUUGAGGAGUUCCUGGAGGAGACUUUGACGCCCAAAAAGUACCCCAGACUGGCUGCGAAACACCGGGAAUCCAACACCGCGGGCAUCGACAUCUUCUCCAAGUUCUCCGCCUACAUCAAAAACACGAAGCAGCAGAGCAACGCGGCCCUUGAGCGAGGCCUGACCAAGGCACUGAAGAAACUGGAUGACUACCUGAACACCCCUCUCCCGGAGGAGAUUGAUGCCAACACUCUCGGGGACGAUGACAAGGGCUCCCGGCGCAAGUUCCUGGAUGGAGACGAGCUGACCCUGGCCGACUGCAACCUGUUGCCCAAGCUCCAUGUGGUCAAGAUUGUGGCCAAGAAAUACCGCAACUACGAUUUCCCGGCUGAGAUGACCGGCCUGUCGCGGUACCUCAAGAAUGCCUACGCCCGGGACGAGUUCACCAACACCUGCGCGGCCGACAGUGAGAUCGAGCUGGCCUACGCGGACGUGGCCAAGCGCCUCAGCCGAUCUUGAACUUGGCCGUCUUGCCCCCUCGCUGCUGCAGAAGGACUCACCGCCUCCCCAAGGACUCUGGCUUCACAGACUCCUCUUCCACAUCGCCUCCAGAAACUCCCGCGUUCAUCAGGCCACAUCUUGCUGGCACCGUUGGAACCGUAGCCUGCUGUCUUUGAUGAAGGUCAGCUGCCAUCCCCAUCUGAUCGGGCAGGAAUCUGCAAGCAGAAAUGAGAGAAACGGUCAAGCUCUCAGCCUUUUGGACCUGGGCCGGGGUCCGUGUAUUUGGGAUUGGUGCGGGAGAACCCAUCUGUGGGACUAUCCCUGGCCCUUUUUGCCAAUAUUGAAAUAUCUCCUCAGAUGCAUUAGAAACAUGCAACUCCCUGUCCUUGUCCACCCUCCUCUUUGUCAGCAACUCCAAGGCCAAGGCCAAAUGCCAUCUUAGUUCUCAUUACAAAGAGGUGCAGUGCUGUGUGAGGGGAGGCAGAGAGUGAACAGAAAGGAUGGAGCAGGUGUGGACCUGGGCGUCUGGCAGACACACCUCUAGUCACUCACCAGUUUCUGGCACUCCUGUCACUUCGGGCACUGAAGGCCAGAUGGGAGAACAAUUUCAGACACCGUCUCCGUUCUCUGCAGUGCCGGGCACGGUCUGAUGCUAUCACGUGCCUGGCUUGAUGCUGAUCCCCAUUUUUAUCUGUCUGGGCCUUGCCAGGAAGGGAAAUUGGCAUGUAAUUCCGAACUGGGGUGGCUGGGAAGGGGAGGGGAAGGAAGGGGAGCAGCAGUGUCAAUGCCAAAAGGCCCGUGGGGUCUGCCAGCCAUGGGGUUUGCUUGCUUGCACAGGAGUGGUUUCACUGGAGAUUACAUGCCUGGAUUUGACUGUUCAUCCACGAGUGAAUUUUAGUCUCAGAGAAAGCAGAUGAGAGUGGGGGGUAGAGGGGUGCACGAGGAUUAAAAAAAAGUUCUUUAUGAGGCUCAGCGGUCUCUGGGAAUCUUUUAGAUAGGUCUUCUCUCUUAUGAUCUAACUAAGUCUAGAACCAAUGGUAUCAUGUAACGACCAACCGUAUAGCAAAUACCCGAGAAUUGGGCAAAAAUGACUCUCCGGUCUCUUUAAGUUGUUCCUGGAUGUGGGUCUGCUAGCCAGGUGCGCUCUGAUUCAGCUGUAGCCUCUGACGGGCGAGAGAUACACGUAGGAGGUGGCUUGAACGUGGAGCCUUAGGAAGAAAGUCCAUGGGCCUUUCUGAUUGGGAAACCAUGUAGUUUAAACUCAAAGAAAAAAUAUAUACACAUCUGGGUAAAUUUUCCUACCACUUGACUCAAUUGCCACAUGAAAAAGAGGAAACUGUUUUUUAGCUAAUAUUUCACUCUGUAGUCAUUCUUGAAUUUCACCUCCUUAAAAGCUUACCCUGCUUGAGCACGGGGACCUGUGCAGAGGAAACAAAGAAAAAUGAACUUGUCAUCAGCUCCCUCUUCCCGUGAACACCCUGGGAGAAAGGCCAUCCGCCACAGACCCUCACCUUCAACAGUCCUUCCUUCUGUGUUGCCUGUUGGUGGAGGGUGAGGCUCCCAAGUGCCCGAAAGCCCCAGGACUUGGCCCACUGCUCAGUGAGGGCAGGACGGCACAGGGCCUUCCUGUAGAAACAUCACCAGAUUCUAACCCACGCAAUCCCUGAACCCACCUGCCUCCAGGGAUUUCUGGGGAGAAAAGGGGCCCAAUGAUCAGAGCAGAGAGGAGGAAGCAGGGGGUCUUUAGCCCAGGGAGGAAGAUGACAUUUCUCAGUAGGACAUCCUAUAAGCCUGAGACCUUUCAGAAAGCAGAAGGAAUGGAUUCUUUUCCACCUCUAAGGGAACUUUCCACAGACUCGCUGGUAACUUUCUCCCUGGAGAUGUUUGAAAAGCAGAACUGGUAAGGAAACAGUCCUUUUGACUGUAGGGAAGAGCCCCAAACUGGCCUCCUGGGAGAUGAAAGCUUGAAUGAUCCCAGAAGCCAUUUAAUUAGUGUGAAAUCCUGUUGUCCUCAGAAAUCCUUCCCUGCAUGUCACAGCACAGGCAUGAUGAUGUAAGAGGCAGUUUACUUUCCUGAGACCCAGAGAGGCGCUAUUCUUAAAGCAUAUCUGAGAAGCACAGCCAGCCAGCUACAGAGAAAAUGGGAGGAUGCCCAAGUGGAGUAACUCCCUUAGGUGGAGUAGCUCCCCCAGAGGAGUUUUUGGACACUAAGACUCUGGUUUGAUAUUCAGAAUUCAGCAAUUGGUGAGUCUUUAAACACAGCCUUUAAAAACAAGCAAGCCAAACAAAAUCAAUAUUGUUGGUUCUAGAUGUUCCUUCUGUGGUUGACUUAGUUUUACAUAAAUAACAAUAUUAAGGCACAGGGGUGGGGUUGGGACAAUUAUAUGAUCCAUUGUAACCACUUAGAAAAGGGAGAGGAGUUAUAGAUGGACGCCACUUCCUGGUAUUCAGUCCAGGCCUAUGAGUAGAUUAUCCUGUGAUGCAACUGACUAUUGAUUUAAAGCUUUAACGUCUAUGACCAGAUUUAUCAGCGUAUUCUAAAAUAAUAAUGUUGCCUUAUGAUUAUUUUUUCCAAAGAAAUUUUUCUCCAAAUCCUUCAGCCUCCCUGGGUCUUGGCUGUAACUUUUGUCAUGUACACAGCUUAUCAUCUCCUGGCAACAGUAUGGAGGGGUCCUCAAGUAUCCCCAGAACCAACUCAGGGAGUAUUGAAGGUCUGCAAUUUGACCCUGAACUCCAGAGUGUUAAGAUGGGAGGUGACCUUUGUUAUUGGUCUGGAAUGCAUAUCAAUACCUCAGAAAGCAACUCAGUGGCACUAAAUUUGGGGAUUUGUAUGGGUUGAGGUCCUAUUUUACUCUGAAUUUAUUUCUCUCCUUUGACUUUCACAUCAUUGUGUUUUUUGGGGUUUUUUUUUUUUUUUUGGUCGGGUAGCAUAGUGGGAGGCUGAGGGAGAAACAAGAAUCAUACUAAGAACGACUGUGCUGAAUUUACCCAUCUUCUCAGUCCUGCCCGCCUCUGAGGUGGCCCCGAGGUGGUAUUGGAUAAGAUUUUAAUAGCUGUAGAAGAUGAGCUGGGUCAGUAAAAUCAUGAUUGGUCCAGAACAUAGUUCUUUCUGUGGUGUGUUUUCAUCGUCUGACAAUUCAGAAUUACAGGUAUGAGUAUAGCUGUCUUGUUUUGAACAAGGGGUAUAGCUACCUGGCACCAAGCUAAUGAGUUGAAAAGUGAAACCCACACUUCACUGGGUUAUUGGACCACAGGCUCUCAGACAAGUUUCAGCUUCCCAGGAAAUGGCACUGUCUUUAGCGUUCACUUCUUGUGCUAAUGGGGCCAGUGAGGAGUUUGAUCUUUUCAUUAGAAAAAGGCCAUGGCAAGAGUGAUGUUUCCUGGGCUGAAUUUUCUAGUGUCGAAUGAAAUAACAGAAGCUUACAACACCCACUGGCCACUCUGCAGAAA